AGACCAAGUCAAAACGAAACAAACUGGCAGUGUGUUGAGAACGUUCGUGGAGUACGGUUGUGCGAAAAGCUUCUUCAAACUUUCAUUGCCUUAUUUGUUAUUCCUCUCGCCGGGCAUCAUGGAUGGAUUCUUUAAUAUUCCCGUUAGGUUGGGCGACUUCAGCGUAAUCGACGACGAGUUCAACUCUAUCAGAGGGCGAUUUGACACUGAAAUGAAGAAGAUGGAGGAAGAGAUGUCAAGAUUUCGUAACGAAUUAAUGAACCGCGAGUCUAACUUCUUCGGUCAAUCGAUGUUGACUUCGUCAAGUUCAUGCGUGCGAGAAUCCCGCGUUCAGAGAGGCUCUGGAGACAAAGAAGUUAAGCGAGAAUCAGAGACUUUUUCAAAGAGCUCCUCCAGCCAGCAUGACAACCAACUGCAGCCACAGGCAGGAGGCUCGUGGCUGGAGGGAAUGAACUCGCCUCUCAUCCAGAACGACGGCGACUGUAAGCAGCUGAAGCUCAGGUUCGACGUGUCACAGUACAAGCCCAACGAGAUCGUUGUCAAGACUGUCGAUAACAAGCUGCUCGUUCACGCCAAACACGAAGAGAAGAGCGAUUCUCGAAGCGUUUAUCGGGAAUACAAUCGAGAAUUCCUGCUGCCAAAAGGCACGAACCCGGAGUCCAUCAAGUCGUCCCUCUCUAAAGAUGGCGUCCUGACCGUCGAGGCGCCAUUACCCGCCAUCACGUCCGGGGAAACGAAAAUUCCCAUCGCUAUGAACUGAAUUCCUCCAUAGGUCACUCGUCGUAAGAAUACUAAUCUUCGGAGCUAAAUUUCUUAGAUUGGAUCGUCAUCAUCGUUGCGUAACAAAUUUUUUGGGCUGUAUUACGCGUAAGAGGCUUUCGAGUGUUCCUGUGUCGCAAGUUGGUGCUGCCUGUAGCAAUGGCUGUUCGUAGCAAGAGUCGAAUAAUUACUCUCUUGAACUGAAAAGGUUUAGCUGCAUUACAUUCUAUUUUUUUCUGCGUCCAAGAGUACGGAAAUUUCGGAGGAAGUUCGAAAGUUGGCUCCAUGAUUCAUUGCUAAUAACUUCUGUGUGAAUUUCAAACAAUAGUUACCUUGAAUCCAAAUUUUACUUUGGCUCGAUUUCAUCCCGUACGAACCGCUUCAUCAGAUGCUCAUGAAGUAUGUUUUUCUUAGAUGAAUUUGAACUGUUAGAGCGCAACUCGUCGAUGUGGCCUAUGGUUCUUUUAGUUGCGCUUCGAGGUUCUUUUUGUGGCCUACGGUUAGAGACUACUUUGUAUCGUUAAAUCUAUGAACGGAAAUAAUGUUACCUUGUACCAGUUUCUGAGACAACUCCUAUCGACAGUGCUUCAGCAUCGCUACAUAUCACCGUGUAUACUUUGGGCACAUCUUCUAGCCGGACAUUAAGUCAUUCGUAGUUGCUCCCACUGAUGGGAUUUUUGGUACUCGAAUCAAAAAUUCAUUUGGAAUGCCAAAGGACUUGACAAUAUUACAGUCUAAAGAGGUUCCCUUGCACGGUGGUCGUUUUAGUUCUCUGUUGUAGUUCGUUAUUUUGUUUACAUAGUGGAUUAACGUUAACAUAGCGUAUAGUUACGGACGUAGCAGAGCUGGAUGCUACGAGAAACUAGACUUUUUAUUUAUGGAAACUAACAACUGAUUGAUGAUGCUCUGGAAGAUUCCAAUUUUAUUCUCAUUGGUUUUUAUUCAACUCAGAAGACGUUUAUUUUCCAAUAAAGAAAUACUCACAUCAUCUAAAAAA